UGAAACUCCACUGGCUCCUUCCCCCCUAACUCCUCACUUCAUAGUGCUGCGUACUAAAAACAUCGGACGCUAGGGGAUCAAGACGCAUGCCACAUUGCCUCUAUGUGGGCACUUUAACAGAUCUUUCGGGGUUUUUUUCCCAGUAAGGGGGCUGUGGAGGGAGGACUUUUUUUAUUUUCAUUGUCUGAUGACUGUUUGCACGGCUGAUUAUUGAGUUGAUUGUUUAUUACUUUGGCUGUUGUUGCUCGCCGCCCUGCGCGUUUUUUCCUCCCUUUUUGGAAUCGGCGACCUAUCCCGCGCUCACCAAUGUCCUAUCCUCAGGGUUACCUCUACCAGCCCCCGGGCUCUCUGGCUCUUUAUUCGUGUCCGGCUUACGGGGCCUCGGCUCUGGCUGCCCCGCGGAAUGAAGACUUGGCGAGGUCGUCCUCUGGCUCAGCCUUCAGUCCUUACCCUGGAUCGGCUGCUUUCUCCGCCUCUGCCAGUGCAGGCUUCUCCAGUCCACUGUCAUACUCCACGGAUCCAACUACGGGAUUCCCAUCCUACAUGAGCUCUCCAUAUGACGCACACACGUCGGGCAUGGCCGGGGCAUUAAGUUACCACCCAUAUGGGAGUCCAGGGUACCCAUACCAACUCAACGACCCGGCUUACCGCAAAAACGCCACCAGGGACGCCACGGCCACCCUGAAGGCCUGGCUGCAGGAACACAGAAAGAACCCGUACCCGACCAAAGGGGAGAAGAUCAUGCUGGCCAUCAUCACCAAGAUGACGCUGACGCAGGUCUCCACAUGGUUCGCCAACGCCAGGAGGAGGCUCAAGAAGGAGAACAAGAUGACCUGGGCGCCCAGGAAUAAGAGCGAAGACGAGGACGAGGAGGACGGGGACGGAGAGAGGAAAGAAGUGGAGCGCUCUGAAAAAGCCCUGGAUAACAGCGAGGCUUCAGCAGAGGAUGAAGGUAUCAGCCUGCACGUGGACACUCUGACAGACCACUCGUGCUCGGCAGAGUCCGACGGGGAGAAGGUCAGCUGUCGGGAGGAGCUGGGCUCUGACCCGGCCGGCAACAAAUGCGACGAGGACGGCGAGGACCAGAACCACGACCCGCGGGCGCAGCUCUCGCCCAUAUCCGUCACAUCGUCGCCUCUAACGGGAGUAGAAGCUCCACUUCUCAGUCACCACCACCACCACCACCUCCAUCAUCUCCACCAUCUCCACAGCCAGCGCGAGGAUUUGGCCCGGAGCCUCGUCAAUAGCAACACUAUUCAUACCAAUAAAUCGUCUUCAUGCCUCGAUAGCAGACCUUCUGCGCCUCAGAACCCUACAGUCAAGCCCAAAUUGUGGUCGCUGGCGGAAAUUGCUACCUCGGACCAAAAGCAGCAACAUCAGCAGCCUGGGCAACCGAACUGCCCCUCCUCCAGCGGUGGCCUCCUUACCCCCCCUACGUCUUCCACCACCUCCCCGGCUGCCAGUUCCCCCUCCCUCUACCCGGCCCCCUCCAUCCUUGGAAGACCUAUUUAUUACACGUCUCCCUUUUAUAGCAAUUACACAAACUAUGGCAACUUCAGCCCCCUGCAGGGCCAAGGGAUCCUGCGGUAUACUAAUUCAUCUGGAGUGAGUCUGGUUGCUGCCGCCGCCGCCGCCGCUGCUGCCGCCGCCGCCGCUGCUGCUGCAAACGAGGGUCUGAGCUCCGAGGCGAGCACAAACCCCAAACACAGGCCAGACUCUCCCCUCGUUAAAAAUACCCCGAACCACAUUGUAGUUGUCGAGCAGCAGCAGCAACAGCAUUUCAGAUCCGCAAAUUUAGAAGCAAAGAAAGGUACGUAAUAAACGCGAUGCGGUCCGCUGUUGAACGAAAUGAUAACCAUUUUGAAAAAUGUAGCCUAUUUAAUCUGGUGUUGAAUCUUGAGAUUGUAUUUUUCUUAAAACGCGGGAGGCAAGCCGCUUCACGGUGGAAGUAGCCUAAAGCGAGUUCACUUGUUUGCAAUCCAAAUCAACUGGUUUUCUUUGCGUCACUCUCAUGUGUCAUAGCAGUCAACCCAUGGCUGUUUCAAGAAAAUUAAGACUUUUUUUUUUUUUUUUUAAUCAAACCAGCUCGCAUGAGACACAAGUGGCAGUAUCUGACACAGUUUUGCAGAUUAUCACUUUUUUUUAAAGAUGAAUACAAUUUUAGGGCUGUAGCCCACGAGACUACAUGACUUAUUAAGUUGGAUAUUUACAGCGCAGUCGAAGCAAAUUAACGUGUACUGUGGCCUACAGUUCGUUUUUAGCGCAGUGCAUUUUCUGGAAUAAUCAAUUUAUAAUUGUUAUGUGUAUUUUGGUCCGUCAUUGAAUCAUUAGGUAUCGCAUUAGAAGGCAGGAGGGGUGUGAUAAGAAAAGCAUACUGCAAAUAAAAGUGCAAGAGUAUACACCUAGCUACAUAUAGAGACAUAAAAAUAAGCCCAUAAUGGACAGGCUAACCACGCGCACGCACGCAGACGCACGCACGCACGCACACACACACACACACACACACACACACACACGCGCACGCACACACACACACACACACACACACACACACACACACACACACACACACACACAGUGGCAGCCUGGGAAUCCAAUAAGCGGAGAAUUGUUGCCAUAGCUUUGAGCAGGAAUCCUUUUUUUCAUGAUUCCUCUGAUGUGUGUGUGUGUGUGUGUGUGUGUGUGUGUGUGUGU